AUGGAUCCACAGUGGCAGUCAUAUCACGACCCUACCAGCUCCCAGCAGCACCAGCAAUCCUACGAAGACGGGGCCAACGUUAACCCGCCUCUUGGCCACAUGCCUCCGGCCACAAGUACGAGUACAAACAACGGUCAACAUUACCCUAGCGAAACUCUGUCCCAAGAGCAGUUUGCCCACGCUCUAGCCCAGGCUCAAGCUCAAGCUGAGGCUCAAGCAUAUGCUCAGGCUCAGGCUCAGACUCAGGCUCAGAUUCAGGCUGCGCAACAGUACCGCCAGCGAGAGUACCAGCAACAGCAACAGCAACAGCAACAGCAACAGCAAGUCCAUGCUCAAGCCUACGGCCCACACCAACAACAGCACGUCGUUCCAGUGCUAGCCGCCAACCCCAACCCCGGCGCCAAUACCACCACCAGCGUCGGCGCCAGCACCAACGCCUACAGCUACGGCACUGGUCAGGCUCAGAGCCACACUCAGCCAGCGCAGGUCCAGUACAACAACUACACCACCGCCACCGCCUCCUCCCUUCAGCAGCACCCAGCUUCGUCAUUGACCUCAUCGUCCUCAAUCAUCACCACCACCCCCCAGAGUCGAGACGUCUCCGGCGACGUCGCCAUGCAGGACGUCAACGAUUCCCAUGCCGGCAUCAAGUACGCCAUGAGGCCUCAUCACCAGCCCCAGCUCUCGGGCUCCGGCCCUGGCCCUGGCACUGGCUCUGUCUCUGGUCGUCCCGCCAAUCUCCAUUCCCCGCAAGAACCUUCGUCCGCCGCCCAACGAUACUCGCCCAUGGUGGAGGCCCUUUCGCCCACCUCGCCCUAUGCGCCAAAGGGCGCCAUCCAGAAUCAAUACGCCCAGCCCAUCCAAAGGCAAUCGCCAACUCGACAACCCGAUUAUCAUUCCCAAAGCCCAUAUCAUCCGAGUCGCCAGCAUCAGCAACCCCAGCAAGUGCCUGUCCCUGGCAUGAUGCAAUACUCACCCCACGACGCUUAUCCACAACCCUCAUCAUCCUCGGUUCAAGUGCACGACGCGACCUUCUCCCACGACCCCAAGUCUCCGCGCCAUGCUGUCCCCCACAGCCUCGCCGUCGCCGAUGCGUCCAAGAGAGUGGUUCCUCAAUUCAGGAGCGUGAGGUCGCCGGCCGAUCUGCGACCUGUUGUCAAUCAGCAGCCUGCAUUCCGUCGAGCUGCUCCCGAGGGCGGAUUUAUUAGCCCUCUACAAGCGUUAACGGUUCACCUACCCGCGACCUAUCGAAUCUGCAACCCCGGCUUCAAGUAUGAGUCGUCACGGAAUCCACGCCGGGUGCUUACCAAGCCAAGCAAGGGCGUCAAGAACGAUGGGUAUGAUAAUGAGGAUAGCGAUUAUAUUCUUUAUGUCAACGAUAUCUUGGGGUCCGAGGAGGCUGGACACAAGAACCGAUACUUAAUUCUCGAUGUCCUCGGCCAGGGCACAUUCGGGCAGGUCGUCAAGUGUCAAAAUCUCAAGACUCAGGAAGUCGUGGCUGUCAAGGUCAUCAAGAACCGAACUGCCUAUUUCAACCAGAGUAUGAUGGAAGUGUCCGUGCUGGAUCUUCUCAACACGAAGCUCGACAAGAACGACGACCACCAUCUCCUCAGGUUAAAAGACACGUUCAUUCAUCGGCAGCACUUGUGCCUGGUAUUCGAGCUACUGAGCGUCAACCUCUACGAGUUAAUCAAGCAGAACCAGUUCCGAGGCCUUAGUACGACACUUGUUCGCGUGUUCGCCCAACAGCUGCUCAAUGGUUUGGUGCUACUAAACAAAGCUCGCCUCAUCCACUGCGAUCUGAAGCCCGAAAACAUUCUUCUGAAGAAUCUCGAGAGUCCGAUCAUCAAGAUUAUCGAUUUCGGCUCGGCGUGCGAUGAACGACAAACCGUGUACACGUAUAUCCAGUCACGAUUCUAUCGCUCUCCCGAGGUCCUCCUCGGCCUGCCGUACUCGUCCGCCAUCGACAUGUGGUCCCUAGGUUGCAUCGUCGUAGAACUCUUCCUCGGACUGCCGCUCUUCCCCGGUUCCUCCGAGUAUAACCAGGUCUCUAGGAUAGUCGAGAUGCUGGGGAACCCGCCGAACUGGAUGAUCGAGAUGGGCAAGCAGGGAGGCGACUUUUUUGAGAAGCGCCAGGACGAAUUCGGACGCCGGACCUAUCACCUGAAGAGCAUGGAGCAGUACUCCCGCGAACACGGCACGAAAGAGCAGCCGAGCAAGAAGUACUUCCAGGCUAGUACGCUCCCUGAGAUUAUCAAGUCGUACCCGUUACCGCGCAAGAACAUGAAGCCUUCUGAAGUUGAGCGAGAAAUGAACAACCGUACUGCUUUUAUCGACUUUGUCCGAGGACUCUUGAAUCUCAAUCCCCUCGAGCGCUGGUCGCCGCAACAAGCCAAGCUUCAUCCGUUUAUAACGCAGCAAAAGUUCACAGGCCCUUUCGUACCGCCGAUGAACCUCAAGUCGAGCUCCCUCAAUCGGUCACCAGCUCCUGGUACUCAACAACAGCAGCAGGCCGAGGCUCUGUCAAAGCAACGCGCCCAGGCAGCCCAAGCCCAAGCGAACACGGCUGCGCAGCAGACGCAGUACGGGCCGCCGAUGGCCGGCCAAUACCAUCCCCAGGGCCACGUCCAGUCGCCUCAGAUGUACGGCGGUGUCUACCCACCAGCAGGAGCCGUGCCGAACCAAGCCCCUGCCUAUGGCGGCGCCGGUUCUCAACCGGCCUACGGCCCUAUGCCCAUGAACCAGGCGCCUCAGCAACAAAUACCAUCGCAGCAGUACGGUAACGCCCACCCACCGAUGGGCGGCGGCAUGUACCAGCAACAACCGACGUCGCGGACCGGUCGCCAGCGCGCGUCGACGAUGGAGCAGCAGCAGAGCGGGAUUCCUGCAGCCAUUCAGAGGGUGGCGAGUCAUCUCGACCCGACGCAGCCCAUCAGGUUGCAGCCGAGCCCCGCCUACUAUCCGCCGCCGCCCGAGGGUAUGGCUGGCAUGGAUAGCGCUCCUGCUGGUAGGGCGGGAAGGAGAGGCAGCAGGGUGCAGGCGGGUCGCAGCAAUCGGGACUUUAUCCGUACUCUGGAGGAGAGGACGCUGGAGGAAGGUUACAUGGGAAAUCCGGCGCAGAAUCCGUGGCAUUAA